GUGGCACCACCAUUAAAGGGUUGACUUUUAAUGACCCUCUGUUUCAUUUACAUAACUUUGAUUUUCACUCCAAAAACUACUUACUUUUACCUUCAACUACCAGAAAGAAUUUCAUUACUUCACUUUCAAACUCGUGCAAAGCAUGGUUGUUCCGGAUAUUCCUUCACCUGAUUCUUCAAGAACCAAUCGAUUGGGGGUAUCAACUUCUAGUACGUCUUCUUCUCAGACUUCUCUGUUGCUCAAGUUUUCGAGUCAAAGGUUUGAUUUUUAGGUACCCAUAAGCAAUUAUCUCAUAGCCCCUUGUUAGAUUUUGUCUCUUUGAUUGAAACCCAUAGCCAAAAUUCUUCGUUUUUGCUGUUUCAUCACUCAAUUUGUUUCUCUCUGGUUGAAAUUUCCAUCCUGUAGUUGUAACUAGUUUAAUUUGAUUGAUUGUAUACCCUUUGUUGUGCUUGAAUUCAAUCCUAGUUCGAAUAUAUAGCUGAAUUCCAUAUGUUUAUGUCAAACCCAUAUCAAAAUUAAGGAUAAUUUUAUCCCAAUUUUGGAGUUGUUGUUGAAAGGAGGGAAGAAGCAAGUCUUCAUCAAUGAAUUCACCUCUUAAAUGGUUUAAUUUUGAGCAAUUAUUAGAGGUGUCCCGUUAAUGUGUGAUAAAAUGCUCAAACCAUAAGUGUUAAAUGUCGUUUAUUUGCGGCUUGCCCCUAAUUGAAUGUGUAUACUGCUUGGGUUGUGCGCGUUGGGCAUGGAAGAGAUGCCUACAUAGUGCAGGUGCUGAAAGUCAGAAUUGGGGUAUUGCUGUAACAGAAGAAUUCGAGCCUGUACCUCGAAUCUGUCGUCUGGUUUUAUCUGUGUAUGAAGAUGAUAUACGGAACCCUCUUUGGGCGCCGCCGGGAGGGUAUAGGAUUAAUCCUGAUUGGAUAAUUUUGCGGAAAACGUAUGAGAAUACUGAAGGUCAUGCUCCUCCGUAUACGAUAUACUUGAACCAUGACAUGGGGGAGAUAAUUCUAGUUAUUAGGGGGUUUAAUUUGGCGAAAGAGAGUGAUUAUACUGUUCUAUUGGAUAAUAAACUAGGACAAAGGAAAUUUGAUGGCGGGUAUGUUCACAAUGGGCUAUUGAAGGCAGCUGAGUGGGUGUUUGAGGAAGAAUGUGAAGUGUUGAAGGAAUUGGUAGAGAAGUAUCCGAAUUACAAAUUGAUGUUUGGAGGUCAUUCCCUAGGGUCCGGAGUGGCAACGCUAUUGACGAUGGUGGUGGUACAGAACCGGAACAAAUUGGGGAAUUUAGAUCGGAAGCGGAUAAAGUGCUAUUCCAUUGCGCCUGCUAGAUGUGUCUCUCUAAAUUUAGCUGUGAGAUAUGCUGAUGUUAUCAACUCGGUUGUACUUCAGGAUGAUUUCUUACCUCGGACAGCGACUCCCUUGGAAGACAUGUUUAAGUCGGUCUUCUGUUUGCCAUGCUUACUUGGCCUAAGGUGCAUGAUCGAUACAUGCACACCGGAGUCAACCAUGCUCAGAGACCCAAGGAGGUUGUAUGCAGCCGGUCGCCUGUACCAUAUUGUCAACAGAAAACCGUUCAGGUGUAAAAGAUAUCCCCCGGUUGUCAGAACGGCAGUGCCUGUGGCUGGCAGGUUUGAGCAAAUUGUCCUUUCCUGCAAUGCAACUGCAGAUCAUGCCAUCAUUUGGGUAGAGAGGGAAUCUCAAAGAGCUUUAGAUUUGAUGCUUGAGAAGGACCAGUCAAUGGAAAUUCCAGCGAAACAGCGGAUCACUCGAGAAGAAUCUCUUACUAGAGAACACGAGGAGUACAGGGCAGCUCUAAAACAGGCAGCUGUGUUAUCCAUCCCAAAUUCCUUCUCCCCAUCCCAGUAUGGAACAUUUGCUGAUCAAGAUGAUGACGAAUGGGACAUCAGAAGGCAUAUCCACCGACCCAGUGGUGGCGAAUCUGAAGCUGGUGGUUCAUCAAUGGGUUCAUCCAAGAAGAGCUGGGAUAGAUUGAGUGAGAUACUCUUUGUCAAGGAUAACAAUGACGUUAGCGAAUCUGAAUAAAAGACGAUACUCCAGUAAAAUGCAGUAUAAAUGCACACAGUAAAAUCUGGAAACAGCCAAGUAUAGUGUAAAAUUUUGGUCUCAUUUAGACAAGUAAAAUGUAAUAAGAUCUUGUUCCGUCCUCAUUCAAGUUAAAUGAGUACAUUCUAGAAACUUUGAAGCACAUUCUUCCACA